UAUCCAACUAAGGUGACUGAAUUUGGACUUAAUUCAAGGGUCUAUUCUGGAGCACAAAGCAAUGAGAGAGAGAGAGAGAGAGAGAGAGAGAGAGAGAGAGAGAGAGAGAGAGAGAGAGAGAGAGAGAGAGAGAGAGAGAGAUGUAGGUAGUAGAUAGGGCAAUAUAGAUAAGGAGUGAAGAGAAGAGACGGGGGGUUCAGAUAGAGAGAUAAAAAAGGAGAGAGGGGGAGAGAGAGGGAGUUGAAGUGUUGAAAGGACAGAGAGAUCAUUAGAGGGGCUGGCCUGGUCUUCAGCAGACUGAUGGAUGCUUUGCCCUGAUACACUCGCUCACUGUCUGGAUCACUGUCUGACCGCCUGGCUCACUUGCUGAUCACACACACACCACAUACGCUCUCCCACCAUCACACAGACACACUCACACUCACGGCGCUAACACUCACUAUCUGCAAGCGUGGGGAUAAAUGGCUGACAAACAGAUCAGUUUGCCUGCCAAGCUGAUAAACGGGGGCAUUGCUGGAAUCGUUGGAGUGUCGUGUGUGUUCCCCAUCGACCUUGCCAAGACCCGUCUGCAGAACCAGUCCAAUGGAUCUCGCCUUUACACCAGCAUGUCAGACUGCCUUAUCAAGACCAUUCGGUCAGAGGGGUAUUUUGGGAUGUACAGAGGUUCUGCUGUUAACUUGACCCUGGUAACCCCAGAGAAAGCCAUCAAGCUCGCCGCCAAUGACUUCUUCAGGCAUCAUCUGUCCAAAGACGGGAAGCUGACACUGGUGAAAGAAAUGCUGGCUGGUUGUGGGGCAGGGACAUGUCAGGUGGUGGUGACCACUCCCAUGGAGAUGCUGAAGAUUCAGCUGCAGGAUGCUGGCAGGAUCGCUGCCCAGAGGAAGCUGAUGCCAGAGACGGUGGCCCCCGGGGCCGUGGAGUUUAAGAGCCCCACCGCCAUGCAGAUCACACGGGAGCUGCUGCGAGAGAAAGGCAUCGCCGGACUCUACAAGGGCCUGGGGGCCACGCUGCUCAGGGAUGUGCCCUUCUCCAUUAUCUACUUCCCUCUGUUUGCCAAUCUGAACCGGCUGGGGAACCGCGGUGUGGAGGGGCCCGCCCCCUUCUACGUCUCCUUCGUGUCGGGCUGCCUCGCAGGCAGCACCGCCGCCGUGGCCGUCAACCCCGUCGAUGUGAUUAAGACCCGGUUACAGACUCUGACCCGAGGCGGUCAGGAGGAGGCCUACACUGGAGUGAGCGACUGCAUCAGUAAGAUCCUGCGUAACGAGGGUCCCACCGCCUUCCUGAAGGGGGCGUACUGCCGUGCGCUGGUCAUCGCGCCGCUCUUCGGCAUUGCCCAGGUGGUCUACUUCCUGGGCGUCGGCGAGUUCAUCCUCAGCUACCUGCCAAAGGGGGAAAAAUAGCCAAUCAGCUCUCUGCUGCCUAUACCUAAGUCCCACCCACUCAUCCAUCCAUCCACCGCCCUUGACAAACCCUCUACCACCUCCUCCACUCAUCUUUACACUACCCAGGAUGCAUUGCGCCGGGCCGGACCCAACCGAACCGAACCUCGGCCCCGCCCUCAUCUCAUGACAAAGAGUGCGUGUGAUUGGUGCAAAGUCAGGAUGUGAAGAGGAACCGCCCACUUUUGGAGUGCUUUUAACUUUUUAUUUGUUAUUUUUGUGUUUAUUUUUUUGUUUUAUGAUUCAUUUCGAUUUUGUCUCGUUUGUGGUGUUUUCUGUGUGGCUGUGGAGUUGAGGUUGUGUGGUAUUAGCCAAGCUGCCUGUGGCAAGCCAUGUUGCCUGGCUGCCUUUAGAGAACUCGUUGCCACCUUGGCUCCUUUUGAUUGGCUGGAGUUAUUCAGACUUGCACUCUGAUAGGCUGGAACUCUUUUCCUCCCCAUUUGGCUGUAGACUAAGAAACCUGUCCCUCUCUCAUAACGCCAUCAGUCUUUCCACUUUCUUUCCCUUUUCCUCCCUCUGCCUCUCCCUCUCUCUCUCUCUCCCUCUCUCUCGCUCUCUCUCUCUGUUUUUCUUUAGCUCUCCAUUCAAUUUUUAAUGGUGCUGCAUGAAAAGGAGAAGGUUAAGCAAAGUCGCUGAAACGCACAUGCACACUCGCGCAUACACACACACAUCUGAGGGACUGCAAGCCCCCAUUGUAUCAGUCACACUUUAACAAAGGCAGUGUCUGAACAGAAUGGACGGAUUUGACCUCUGAGGUCCUUUAUGGUCCCUCAAUUUUAGCCGGUGUGAUUUGGUCCUCUGGUGCUUCCAUAGCAGUCUGCGACUUUUCAGACAGCACUUAAAAGAUUUUACCACAGAUGAAAUUAAAUCAGAUUAUUCUGUAGUUAUAAAGUUACCCUACCUUUCCAUGUCACCACAUCAAGGUGAAAUGUCCAAUGAAUCAUAGCUUUCCAGUACAUUCCAAACCGUAGCUUAGUCUACUGGUAAAUGGUACUUUUAGUCUAGCGGUAUAUGAUAACUAGUAUUUUAAUUGGAAAACCUAUUGCAAUGGAUUCGUAUGUGUUUUUAUGUGUUAUAUUUUUUAGCAGAGUUUUUAACUCCUGCACAUCUCAUAUCAGCUAGCCUAAUUUGGCCCAGACACAGACGACAAGAUCUUUUGCAAGUGUGUGUGUGUGUGUGUGUGUGUGUGUAUGCAGGCGUACUGGAUAUGUGUGCCUUUGUGUGUGUGUUUGCCUGUGACUAAUGAGCGCCAUCUGGAGUAGGAUGCUGCCCUGGCGUGUGUGUGUGUGCAUGUGUGUGCAUGCGUAUGUGUGUGUG